AUGAUGCCUUCUAGUCCGACACUACCGACCCCUCAGGGCCAAGCGUCUGAUCACCAAUCGAUUAUCCCAAUGUUUUACAGUAUGAAUUUCAAUCCCGAGAGUCCGGAAUUACGAGCAGUUUUUGGUAUGAGUUCUCCCGCCUUGCGCUCUGAUGCCGACUCGCACAUUUUUCCCUCUAUCGUUACUGAAUUUGGUACAGAAUAUAUUGAGGAUCUUGACGACAACGGCGACUGA